AUGGGAUGUGGAACAUCCAGCACCCCUCCCCCACGCAAACACUCCAUUCGCAAAUCUAAGAAAGGUUCUAUCACACCAGCAGGAACCGCUUUCAAGUCAGCUGUCCUUAUCCAGCGGUGGUACCGGCGCUAUGUGGCCCAGUUAGAAGUGAGAAGGAGAUGUACUUGGAGUAUCUUCCAGUCCAUAGAAUAUACUGGAGAGCAAGACCAAAUCAAGCUUUAUGAUUUCUUCAACUUUCUCAUGGACCAUUUCACUCCAGACAAAAAGGAGAGAAAUUUCAUCUGCCGUAUGUUCACUGAGGAGGAAAGCUUGAAAGACACGGAGUUGGAGAAAUACUGUGAUUAUGAAUCUAUUAAGGUGCCAGGGACUUACAUGGGUCCUAAACUGACCUUUCCUUUAAAGUCAAGCCAUGCAGCGGCCUUAGUGGAAGCUUUCAAACAGAAGCAACAGCUCCACGCUCGUUAUGUGCUACAGCUUUUAAUUGAGACAAGGAAGCAUCUCAAACAACUGCCAAAUAUAAAACACAUCACAACAAGUUACAGCAAAGAAAUAACCAUUUGUGGGGACCUGCAUGGCCGACUGGAUGAUUUGUUUUUGAUAUUUUACAAGAAUGGUCUCCCAUCAGCAGAGAAGCCUUAUAUAUUCAAUGGGGACUUUGUAGACAGAGGGAAACAGUCCACAGAGAUCUUAAUGAUCCUUUUUGCAUUCAUGCUGGUCUACCCAAAGGCUGUCCAUUUAAACCGAGGAAAUCAUGAAGACUAUAUGGUCAAUUUAAGGUAUGGAUUUACAAAAGAAGUGAUGAAAAAAUAUAAGGUUCAUGGGAAGAAAAUCCUCAAAAUGUUGCAAAGUGUAUUUAGUUGGCUUUCUUUAGCAGCUGUGAUUGAUCAAAAAAUAUUGAUUACUCACGGAGGAGUGUCAGAUUCUACUGACUUACAGAUUCUAUCUAAAAUAGAACGACACAAGUUUGCAUCUACUUUGCGGCCUAGAAAAAAAAAAGACAAGAUCAACAAGACAGAACUAAAGACUGAUCAGGGGAAAUGUACAAAUGGGGAAAACACAUUAACAGUGGAAUCGCCUUGGCCGCCUCCAAGAAGUGGUUCCUUCUCCUAUAGCUCUAGCCCAAGCCUCCUACCCAAUUAUAAAGGGAAACGAUCAGCCAGUAGCCCCACCACCAUGACAAUUGACAGGAAAGAGAUCUCUAAACGAGUGCGGCAAUCUGUAGAUAAAGAACUUGUAAAAUACCGCAGACAGGUGGGUUUCACAGAGACCAUUAAAGAGCCAGACAGUCCGGUAUCCGUUUCUGAUUCAGAAUCUGGAGAAAUGCAAGAAUAUGACAUGGACAAUGAGGAGAGAAAGCAGAUUGUAGAUAUUUUGUGGAGUGAUCCUAUAGCUCAAGAUGGCUGCAAGUCAAAUACAGUUCGUGGAGGAGGAUGCUACUUUGGUCCUGAUAUAACUGAAAAAGUACUGAAAAAACAUGGAUUGCAAAUGCUGAUCCGCUCUCAUGAAUGUAAGCAAGAAGGAUAUGAGUUUUGCCACAACGGAAAGGUUCUGACAAUUUUUUCUGCAUCUAAUUACUACGAGGUUGGCAGUAACAAAGGAGCAUAUGUGAAACUGGGGCCUGACCUUGUGCCACAUUUUGUGCAGUACCAAGCAAACAAAACUACGAACACUCUGACCAUGAGGCAAAGAGUGAGCACUGUGGAAGAAUCCGCUCUGAGGGCCUUAAGGGAAAAACUAUUUGCUCAUAAAUCUGUCCUCCUUAAUGAAUUUAAAAGAUUUGACAAGAAUCACCCUGGAUAUAUUACAUUAAAUGACUGGGCAACUGCACUGGAGUCUGUCUUGAAACUAGGACUGCCAUGGCGAAUGCUCAGGCCGCAACUUGUCCGCAAUGCUACAGACGGUCUGCUAAAAUACAAAGAAUGGUUUGAUGAACUCUCUGUUUGCCAGCCAACCCGAGAGAAUAUACAGUCAAGUUUGUUAGAAGCUCUCUACAGAAACCGAUCAGAUUUGGAAACAAUAUUUAGGAUAAUAGACAGUGACAGCUCAGGCCUCAUUUCAUUUGAGGAGUUUCAUCACACUUGGAAGCUACUCAGCUCCCACUUAAACAUAGAUGUCAGUGAUGAGGCCAUCGCUAACAUGGCGAGGAGCAUAGAUUUCAAUAAAGAUGGAAACAUAGACAUCAAUGAGUUCCUGGAAGCCUUCCGAUUAGCAGACAGACCCCACGCUGAAGAUAAAGAGUCAGAUUUGUAA